AUGUCUCGCCUAAUUGUCAAGAAUUUGCCGGCAUAUCUCAGCCAAGAGCGGUUUCGGGCGCACUUUGAAGCGACCGACGGUCCUGGUGGUACACUUACUGAUGUGAAGCUUGUAUCAAGGUCCGACGGCAUUUCUCGUCGUUUUGGGUUUGUUGGUUACAAGACUUCGGCUGAGGCAGAACGCGCGAAGAAGUGGUUCAACAGGACAUUUGUCGACGCUUCGCGCAUUACGGUUGACGUUGUUGAUGGUGCGAAGGAUGCUCCUCCUCCGCGUCCAAACAAGCGGCCACGGCUUGGUCCGUCGCCUGCCGAAGGAGAAACGAGUGCAGCUGGUGCGGAGGGUAGCAAGCCGUUGAAGAAAACAUCUAGUGAUGCACAAUUGGAGGAGUUUAUGCAGGUUAUGCGACCUCGCACCAAGAAGGGGCCAUCUUGGUCGAACGAAGAUGCGGUAUUACAACCUGGUGUCACUGCCGCUAUUGAUAGUCAUGGUGCCUCUUCUGUUGUCGGCUCAAAGGAGUUCCCGAACACGGCGGAUGCCUCGCAUGAUGUGCCUCAUACUGAUAAAGACGAGGCCAGGACGGAUACCAUCUCCGACAUGGACUGGUCGAAACGACGUACGAUGCAUGCUGUAGAAGCCGAUACAGACGCCCAUUCAGAGCGUGUCUUUGAACAAUCUGACGACGAGGAUGGCAACAGGGAACAACAUGAACCUGAUGCUGAGGAAACUCAUGAUACAGAGAAGGAAGAGUCAGCAGCUGAUCCAGUCAAGACAACCAUUCUACAAACAUCGCGUUUGUUUCUUCGUAAUUUGUCGUUCAGCUGUACAGAAGACGAGCUACAAGAUUUGUUCAAGGAGUAUGAUGUGUCCCAGGUUCGCAUCCCGCUAGACCCGGUGACGAAACAGCCAAAGGGGCUUGCAUACGUCUCCUUUCUGCAGCCGGCAAGUGCUCUUGCGGCGUACGAGGUGUUGGACAAGACGUCAUUUCAGGGUCGCUUAUUGCACAUCCUGCCUGCAGUGGACCGCAAGGCAAAGAUAGAGGGCGAGGGCGAUGGGAUCCAGAAGACUGUCAAGGAGCAGAGAGACGCCAAGCGGAAAGCAGGUGCUGGGAAGGAGUUCAAUUGGGCAAUGUUGUACAUGAACAGCGAUGCUGUAGCCUCGUCUAUUGCGGAUCGUAUGAAUAUACCCAAGGCGGAUAUUUUGAAUCCCGAGUCCGAUAACGCGGCAGUGAAGCUGGCCCUCGCAGAGACGCACAUCAUAAACGAAACGAAGUCCUUCCUGGAGUCUCACGGCGUGAUUCUCUCCUCGCUCUCCGGCUCGACGCGACUAAAGCGUUCAGAUACGGCUAUCCUCGUCAAGAAUAUACCUUAUGGCACCUCCACAGAUACCCUUCGUUCACUCUUUGGCUCACAUGGGGAGCUGCGUCGUGUGCUCGUACCACCUGCAGGCACGCUCGCCGUCAUCGAAUUUACGCACGCGGCUGACGCGCGAACUGCAUUCCGUUCACUCGCAUACCGCCGUCUCGGGAACACCGUCAUAUACCUCGAGAAGGCGCCUGUUGGUAUAUUUUCUGACUCUUCCCCGCUGGACAGUGGCGGACGGGCGAAGGAGCCGGUGGUUGCGACGGGUGUAGUGCCAGUGAAGGCACCUGAGAAUCUUGCUCUGGCUGCUGCGGAUACGGUAACUGAUGCAGACGAGGCUGACCUGCCGCUGUCCGCCGGCACCACGCUCUUCGUAAAGAACCUUGCGUUCAGCACCACGUCUGCGGGCCUCGCUCAUGCCGUGCGCCACCUGCCUGGCUAUGCGUUUGCGCGCGUGCAGACGAAGAACGAUCCUGCGCGCCCGCAGGUACACCUGAGCAUGGGCUACGGCUUCGUGGGCUUCCGCACCAAGGAGGAGGCGAAGCGCGGGAUGAAGAGCCUCGAUGGCUUCGUGCUCGACGGGCAUGUGCUCAGCGUGAAGUGGGCCGGGCGAGGUGCGGAGGGAGAAGGCGCAGAGACGAAGGGCAAGGCGCGCUCGGCGAAGAUGGUCGUGAAGAACGUGCCGUUCGAAGCGACGAAAAAGGAUAUUCGGGAGCUCUUCGGCGCCCAUGCACAGCUCAAAUCCGUACGUCUUCCUCGCAAGUUUGACCACCGCACACGGGGCUUCGCGUUUCUGGAGUUCAUUUCGCCUCACGAGGCCGAGCGCGCAUAUUCUAUGCUACGCCAUACGCAUCUGCUCGGCCGUCAUCUUGUUUUGGAAUGGGCUGAGGAUGGCGCCGCAGACGUUGAGGAGCUGCGAAAGAAAGCUGGCGUCGGAUUUGGUGGGGGCAAGGAAAUGCCUGGUAAGAAGAGGAAGCUGGAGUUCGCAGAGGGCGAGGGGCAGGAGGGGGCAGAUGACGAUUGA